GAACAGGGCCAUUCUCGUCACCAAUCGAGUGACGUUAGACGUGUCGCGAUGCCGCGUCGCAGCACCCGAGGACCUCUGGAUAUGGAUACAACUGCUGCAUCGACCACUGAACCACCUCCCUCGGCGACUCGAACAGCAUCACCAGCACCCACGGCAAUGCCAAUCCGCACAGCAUCGCCAGCUUCCUCCCUACUAUCUCCCACUCAGCAUACCAAUCCUUCAAUACGCACACGAUCCAAAAGCCCGGGCUCUCGAACAAUGCAACUAGAUCUUUCUCCCUUGCUGCGACCAUCUCUCUAUGCACCAGUCCCUACCUCUCAAGUCGCUACUCCGUUUCUCUCGUCCUCACACCAACCAGUCCCAGACACGGAUUUAGAAACCCUACUCUCUCAUCGUCGCUUCCUGCACGCGGCGGAAAAAGCCACCGAUCUCCUAACAUCCGGCUCCAUUUCCCCCUCUGACACGCAAAAAGUACUGGAGCUACUCUACGCACGUUUUUCCUGCCUAGUGCUAUGUAACCUAUCUCCCCUCGCAGCCAAAGAAGCAAAACCCCUCUCGGAUUUACUGGCAAGGGAAAGCGCUGCAUAUACACGUCCUUUUCGCGAAGCCUUUCUAGCACAAAUACCUUGGCAUCUACGGCUUUUACUCCUCCACUUGCAAGUCACUGGACAAGUGGACGGACACAGAAAGUGCAUCAUGGGAUUAUAUGCUUUGGGAGCUGAUUGUCGCUCGUUGAGCCAGAAAGCUAGACUUGAGAAGAAUGAAACAAAAGUAAAAGCUUGGGAGCAAAGGUUGCAGGAUUUGGGGAUCAGAGUUGCUGCUGAGCUUGUCGAGAUGGGUGAAUUGGAGACUGCAAAGAGGCAUUUGGAUACCAUUUCCUUGGACACUGCGGAUGAGAUGGAGAGACGGAGAAUGUGCACGAGACAGACACUUUUGCUGUUGAAGAUUGGGGAUACAGAGGCUGCAAAGACCUGUCUCUCCGCUUUUCCCUCUGCUACUACACUGGAUGAAAAUGCACAACUUGACAAAGGAAUCCUGGAAACUCUAACCUCCCUCUCAUCAUCAAUGUACCCUGCCGCUGUCACACAACUCCAGGAUCUCGCCUCCUCUUCCUACCCUCCCUCUUCUGCUUUGGUCAAGCAUAACCUCGCCAUAGCACACCUCUACACCAACAACGUCAACAUUGCAGCAAACAUGCUGGAAACUCUGGUACAAGAAGAAGGGACAGUGUUUCCAGCAUUGCUAUUCAAUCUAAGCACAAUGUACGAAUUGAAGACUGAGAAAGCGAGGGAGAAGAAAUUGGGAUUGGUAGAUACUGUGGCGGGAUUGGAUGAUGGGCAGGGGAGGAGCAGCGCGCAGACUGGUGGCUUUGAAAAGGGGUUGGGGGAGUUUAAACUGUGAAACUUGAUGUAUUUUUUCCGGACAUGAAAGGAUAGCGAGUGUCAUAACGAAAUAUUUCACGAAAAGAUAUGUAUGGAUUUUGAUUUUCACCCCAAGGAGGAC